GGCUGCUCGAUAUCCAUUAGUGCUCAUCAAAAGUUGAUAGAAAUGAAAUCGGUGUUGAUCCAUUUAGCGUGUUUUGCGCUUUUCUGUAAAAGUAGUGUUGUCGUCGCAAACGAUGAAGCUGCCUCCGUCGAAAAUCGCUUGGACGCGAUACAAUCCAGUUUGAACCUGAUAUUCGUGGAAGCCAGCGAACAAAUAGAGGCUCUAACGAAGGAAGUCCGCGCAUUGAAGCAAUCCCUUGACCAUGUGGGUUGGUACUCCGAAGAGGUGAAACAUUCCGUUGCAACGAUUAAGGACAACAGCGAACUUCUGCUGAGAAACUUGACCGUUCUGACGUACCGAUCCGACGAAAUAAUAGCAAAUCAGCAGUACUGUGCCAACCACGAAGCGUUGAAGAAUCUGUUCUACGAUCUGACACCGAAAUGUGGUACCAUCAAUCCUACCCCGAAUCCCCCGGAAGUUAUUUACAGCUCUUGCAAGGAUGCUGGAAGCCGAUCAGGAGUCUAUGAGUUGAAUGCGUCAGGGAGCCCUUUUAAAGCAUACUGCGAAAUGGACCAGUUUGGCGGUGGCUGGACGGUUUUUCAGAAGCGUCAAGAUGGAUCGGUUGACUUCAACCGUAGCUGGACUGAAUACCGCGAAGGAUUUGGUGAAGUGUCCGGUGAAUACUGGCUUGGUUUAGAGACGUUGCACCAACUGACGACCCGGAAGCCACAUGAACUGUUGAUUAUCUUGGAGAACUUCAACGGGUCGACCAGUUAUGAACGGCAGACUGAUGAACGGUAUGCUGGAGUCGUCAUUGACAAUGAAGCGUUUAGGUACAGAAUCUAUCUGAAUAGCACCGGAAGUGGAAGUGCUGAUGAUUCGUUGUACCUCCAUCGUGGCGAGGUAUUUGUGACUCCUGAUCUAACAAGCGGUACGUUCUUGGAUUGUGCCAGACAACUUGCAAGCGGCUUUUGGCAUUUCGACUGUAGUGCGGCUAGUAGCAGGAACAACUUGAAUGGAGUUUAUGGUGAAACCGCUAGAAAAAACGGUAUCUGGUGGUAUAACUCAUUCCCUGGAUAUCUGCAGUAUAAUCCAUUGAAGGGAACUCAGAUGAUGAUUAGAGAAAAAGUUGUGUGAUCGCCGUCGUCAAACAAUUUUGGUGUUA